UUGUUUCUGAUUAUCAUCUUAUUAUGGGUUAAUGUAAUUGCAUUAACAUCCCAACCUUCACUGAACUGUUCACAAAUCUGCGGCGAUGUGGAAAUACCUUUCCCGUUCGGAAUGGGUGAAGGAUGUUAUAUGGAUACUCAGUACAACAUAACCUGCAACACCUCAUACAAUCCUCCAAAGCCUUUCCUUGGUGAUGGUCGCCUUGAGGUUCUUAAUAUAUCAUUGGAUGCCGAGAUUUUGAUCGAAGGCCGUCAACAGUACGCUUCCUACUGCCGGAAUUCGAUUGGAUCCAACGAUACCUCUUUCAGUUUGAAUGUAAGUCCAUUCAGAUUCUCUGCAAAUCGUAGCAGAUUUACUGCCAUAGGGUGCAAUACUAUGGCCACCAUAAGUGAGCUUCAGGAGCUAGCGUUUGCUAGUGGGUGUUUGUCAUUCUGUACUAAUCAGACGAUUGUGGAAGAUGGAUCUUGUGAUGGUAUGGGUUGUUGCCAGAAUAAUAUUCCCAAAGGGCUUCAAGUAUUCAAUGUGAGCCUCUCAAGUGCUCUUAGCUUCACUGGGACCUGGGAGAACAGCACCUGCAGUUUUGCGUUCAUGGCUGCUGAGGACUUGUUCAGCUUCAAAGCAUCAGAUGUCUUCGAAAGCAGCCUCAACAGGAACAGUAUUCCAGUGGCUCUGGAUUGGGCGAUUGGGAAUUUAACGUGUACUGAUGAAGCUGCCCAUUACAGUUGUGGGCCUUCUAGCCAUUGCUCUAACUCCACCAAUGGCCCUGGUUAUCGAUGCUACUGUGAUGAGGGCUUUGAGGGGAACCCAUACCUAUCCAUAGGAUGCCAAGACAUAAAUGAAUGCAAGGAAGGAUACAACAAUUCCUGUGCCAUGGAAGCAACGUGCCAUAAUACCAUUGGGAGUUAUGAGUGCAAAUGUCCAGCUAACCACCACGGUGAUGGUCAUGAAACUGGAAGCGGUUGUAUGGAGAAUACUGGAGCUGUUCCAGUGGUUGCUAUUAUUGGAGGUACUGGGCUAGGAAUUAUACUGCUAUUUGCUUGUAUCUUUUUGGUAUACUGGGCAAUCAAGAGACAAAGGCUAAUCAGGCUCAGAGAAAAAUUCUUUGAACAAAAUGGAGGUUUGCUACUACGACAACACAUAGCUACACAUAAAGGUGUUGCAGAUAUUGCAAAGAUCUUCACCAUAGAUGAUAUCAAGAAGGCAACCAAUAAUUUUGAUGAGAGACAAAUUCUUGGUCAAGGAGGGUAUGGUACAGUAUAUAAAGGAAUUCUUUCAGAUAACAGAGUAGUAGCUAUCAAGAAAUCAAAAAUAGUGGAUCAGGGUCAGAUCAUUCAAUUUAUAAACGAAGUUGAUAUUCUUUCUCAAAUCAAUCAUAGAAAUGUGGUUAAGCUCUUGGGUUGUUGUUUAGAAACAGAGGUUCCAUUGUUGGUUUAUGAAUUCAUCUCCAGUGGAACCCUCUAUGAACACAUCCAUGAAGAGAAUUAUGCAACUUCUAUUUCUUGGGAGGAUCGAUUAAGGGUUGCUGCUGAAACUGCUGGAGCACUUGCCUAUUUACAUUCUGCCCAUUCAAUUCCAGUUCUUCAUAGAGAUGUCAAGUCCACAAAUAUACUACUUGAUGAUAACUACACUGCUAAAGUAUCUGAUUUUGGAGCUUCGAGGUUGGCUCCUAUGGAUCGAAUUCAGAUGACCACAUUAGUUCAAGGGACAUAUGGGUACUUAGACCCAGAAGGUUUUUACACAGGUCAAUUAACUGAUAAAAGUGAUGUUUAUAGUUUUGGUGUAGUUCUUGCUGAACUUUUAACAGGGGAAAAUCCAAUUUCAUCAGAGAGAGCUGAGGAACAUAGAAGUCUAGCUAUGUAUUUUAUUUCCUCAAUGGCAAAUAAGAAGCUUUUUCAGAUCCUUGAUGAUCAGGUUGCCAAAGAGGGAAAUAAAGAGCAGUUGUUGGGAGUUGCUAAUCUUGUAAUGAAAUGCUUGAAGAUUAAAGGGGAAGAGAGGCCAACAAUGAAGGAGGUUGCAGCAGAGCUUGAUGCUUUGAGAAUGUCUUAUGUGCAGCAAUGGAAGCAACUUAACCACACGGAGACUGAUUACCUGCUAGGUGGGUUAGGUGAUCAGCCUUCAAACCUUUGUGUUGGUGAAUCAGGUGUCCAAGAAAGUGUGGGAAGCAACUUCAUGCUGGCUCUGAAAAUCGCUCGUUGAUUGUUCAAAGUGAGACACUUAGACACUCAUUUAGUAAUUCUAGUCUUUAUUUUUAGAUAAGUUGUUGUUAUAAUAUCAGAUAUGUACAUGAGAGUCAUUAAUAAAAUAUCUACUACUCUAAAUCAAUUAAACUA